AGUUCACUUUCCAAGACUCUCGCUGCUACCCCGAAAGAAAGAAACGAGGCAAGGAUGAUCCAGUACCCGGCGGAGGCGAUCAGGGUUCGAACGCUAGCGCCAACUUUUUAGGCAUUAGACUCUUCCUCUUCAGGGAGGGGGAAAAACCCCAAUACGACAAAGUGCAUUCCCAUUGCUUUGCAGAACGAAACGAGUCUUUAAAUGCAACGCUGUUUGAUUUAUGAGAAAAGUAUGGCAGCCGAGACGAAGAACGGCGGGACUUCUCUGAGCAACUGCAAAGACCACAGCAGGAGAAAGUUACUGGUCGGAGUGGACCUCUUCUGCCUCUUUUUAGCCGGCCUGCCUUUCUUGGUCAUUGAGACCAGCGCUGUUCAGCCUUACCGCCGAGGGUUUUACUGCGAUGAUGAGGCCAUCAAGUACCCGGCCAAAAAUGGAGACACCAUUAGCGAUGGUGUGCUUAGCGCCGCUGGCAUUCUUAUCACCAUCCUCUCUAUCGUCAUCGGGGAAAGCUACAGGAUCUACUUCCUCAACGAGGGCUCCAAGUCAUUUGUGGGCAAUCCCUACAUUUCCGCCCUGUACAAGCAGGUGGGCGUGUUUGUCUUUGGCUGCGCCAUCAGCCAGUCGUUCACCGACAUCGCCAAAGUGUCGGUGGGCCGCCUGCGCCCGCAUUUCCUUGACGUGUGCAAGCCCGACUUCACCACUAUCAACUGCUCCUUGGGCUACAUCACCGACUACCAGUGUCAAGGCCCCGAGAGCAGAGUCCAGGAGGCCAGGAAAUCUUUCUUCUCCGGACACGCUUCCUUUUCCAUGUACACCAUGCUUUAUCUGGUGUUUUACCUGCAGUCUCGUUUCACCUGGCACGGCGCCCGGCUGCUCCGCCCACUGACCCAGUUCACCCUGGUCAUGAUGUCCUUCUACACCGGCCUGUCCCGCGUCUCCGAUCACAAGCAUCACCCCACCGACGUCCUGGCUGGUUUCAUCCAGGGUGCCCUGGUGGCCUACUGCAUUGUGUUCUUUGUGUCCGAUUUGUUCAAGGGCAAAGGGAGACGUUCCGCCUUAUCUUUGACUCCCGUGAAGAAAGAUCUCGUCCCUCCGGCGGACCACCGAGAGAGGAGUAAUCACCUUAUCAUGGCAUAGCGCAGCGCUGCAAAGCGGCCGUUUAAAAAUCACUACGACAGACACCGGCCCCAUAAACUGGGACCGAAUGAACUCCAACUGUGUGGAGAAAGCAGACAUUGAAGACAUCGCGGAAGAUUUCCCUGAGAUGAGAAAAGGCUGCGGGAGGAAAAAAACAAAAAAACAAACGUGAUGUCCUCUCUUAACGGAAACAUGCGUGUGUUUGCCGGGUCCCACAAGCAAAUUCCAUGUUGCCAGAGAGAGGACGGAUCGGCCUCCUUCUUUCUGAAAGACGUCAAGUCGUGGGCCUCCUCCUCCCUCUGUCAAGGCUGUUCCACGAGCACGGGUGAGGAAAAACAGCCGCAUCCAGCGUGCGGACAAUUAUCCCGCCACUCACUCACUCACUCACCGUGUGGCCGAUUCAAAUUUGAAAACAAAUUCCUUGUGUUCGGGAAGGAUGUUGCAUUACCUUUUUUCUCUUUUUUUUUUAAAUGUGUCGUCAAUAUACAAACUGUAAAGGAAUGUUAUGAUUUUUAGCACUAUUUUAGCUCAACUCAUUAACGGCCGUUACCACUCCAAUGGCCUGAGGUGAAGCUUUUGGAAAGCUUCGUAAGUAUUUCGCGUCGUCGUCGUCGUCGUCGUCAGCGCAUGUGAGUGAGAUGGGAGCCUCGUUCUGCUGGCUAGGACGACUCCCCCCACUGAGCCAUUUUAUGAAAUGACUGUCUGUUACAUGUACCAGACGUGUGUGUGAAUGAGAGAAUGUGAAUGUUGGGUGGACAUGCUUCCCUGUCUACAGGUGGCGUCUGUCUUUUUUUUAAUUUUUUUUUUUUUGCGUUUACAGCCCGCCAAUGUGCCUCUCUGUCGAGUCAGAGACGGAACGCCUGCUAGCGGAGACGUAGCACCGCGGAAAGCUAGCGUCACACGCCGCGCCCCCUACUAAACGGUCGCUAACUCAAGUGACGAUUAGCAUAGCCGACAAAUCCCGUGACAACUUACUGUAUUUUACGCGGGCGUCGAAACAGCCGCUCGCCAGACGGGGCCCCCCCAGCUUAGAACAGGUACCAAAGCGCAACUUCACAAAACGGUAACAUGGCGGAAGAACUUUCUUCGGGAUUCGGCACAUUGUAAAACACCUCGUGAAACAUUCUCCAGUCACGAUGAGUUUCUGCUCGCUUCCUGGAUGAAUUGUCGGGUCGGCUUUUUACACGUUGAAGCGGCUUUUCCCUGCUAUUUUUUUAAUGAUUAUUAUUUGUUUUUGUAUCGAAAAUUAUACUCUGAACCACUGACUGAAAGCUUUGUCUUAUCUGGCACGCGUCGAGAUAAGAUGAUUGUUUAUAAAGUGUAGAUGGCAUCGGACGUGUAUGUAACAGUCCAUCACUCUACGUUUGUAUCCGAAGUGAAUGUGUGUGCCGCCGGUGGAAACGCCCGCUGGGACUUUGCGUCUUACACCUGUGUAAAAAUGUUUGACAUGCUGCUUGAGGAGGUUAAACGUCACGCCGAAGCCAGCUUCAGUGCAUUUCUGUGUAAAGUGCCUUUACAGUAUUUUUAUAUCGCUCGUAAACGUGUUUUGAAUAAAAUUCACAAAGAUGA